AUUUAAAUGAGUGAGAUAUUGGGAAAUACAAAGGAAAAUGGCGUCAACAACAACCCUUGUUCAGAUAUCCAUUACUCUCCAGCGAGCUCGUGCUACCAGAGAAGCCUCCAUUUCAAGAAACCCUUUCGCCAAUACCCUCCAGCCACAUCGCCCGCCGCCUCGGCUCCACGGCCUCACCUUCUCCACCCGCCGCCGUACCCCUUUCGUCACUUCCAAGAAAAAGCUGGACAUAGAUAAGGAGGGAAAAAAUGGCCUUUCUGUGUCAAAGAUGCAUUUUUGCCAAAGUUUAUCUGCUUUUGUUGCUGGGAGUCAUGUUCGAAAUUUCAAACUUUUAACUGUGCAGCUGCAGCGCACUCCCAAAAAGGCCGGCGGAGACGAGGAAGACAUAGAUGAAGCUGCUUUCGAGGCCCUUUUUCAACAGCUUGAAGAAGAUCUGAAAAAUGAUGAAUUGAAUGGUACUCAUGGUGAAGAUGAUGACAUAAGUGAGGAGGACCUUGCAAAGCUCGAGCAAGAACUAGCAGAGGCCCUGCAGGAAGAUGAUGAGUUGUUGGGGGCACCAGACAAUGAAGAUGAAGAUGAAGAAAAUGAUGACGAGGAUAAUGAAUAUGAAGUUGAUGAUGACAAUGAAGAAUUGGCACUUGAAGAUGAUGAUGAUGAUGAUGAUGAAAUACGGGUAGAACUUAAGAAUUGGCAAUUGAAGAGGUUGGCCUAUGCCUUGAAAAAGGGCCGUCGAAAGACUGCUAUCAAAAGCCUUGCUGCUGAUGUGUGUCUCGAUCGAGCAAUCGUUCUGUCAAUACUCCGUGACCCUCCUCCAAAUCUCGUCUUGUUGAGUGCCACAUUACCCGACGAACCAAUUGUGAAUACCAUCGAGACUGCUGCACCUUCGGAGCCCAUGGCAGAUACAACAAAACCCCAAGUUAAGGAGGAGGAGAAACUUCCGGUGCAUGUCAUGCAAAGAAACUGGUCUGCUCGCAAGAGACUGAAGAAAGCACAAGUUGAGACUCUCGAGCAAGUCUACAGGCGAACUAAGCGCCCAACUAAUACGAUGAUUAGCAGCAUUGUGCACAUAACAAACUUGCCUCGAAAAAAAGUUGUGAAAUGGUUUGAAGAUAAACGAGCUGAAGAAGGGGUACCUGAACAUCGCCUUCCUUAUCAAAGAACCCUGGUCUCAUACUCUUGUCUAGUCGUCUUCUUUGUCGCCUCCGCCUCCAACCUCGCCUCCGACUUCGACUUACGCCUCCGACUCCGAGCUGCACCCAGGCUCCGAGUCGAAGCUCUCCAUCCACGAGUCGAAGCUCGAAGUUCGGCUCGCGAUUUUCCUGGUCUCAACCUCCGUGCUUCCCUGUAUCAGAUGAGGAAGCUCAAGGUUCACGAGAAGAAACUGUUAAAGAAAGUUGAUUUCUUGGAAUGGAAGAGAGAAGGCGGUCAGAGGGAAAAUCUCGUAAUCCAUCGCUAUCACGUCACCGGCAGAGACGACUAUAAAAAGUACUCGAGUUUGUGUAGAAUGGUGCAGAAGGUAGUGAACAUUCUGAAGCAGAUGGAUUCAAGAGAUCCUUACAGAAUUGAGAUGACUGAUGCUCUUCUUGAAAAGCUGUACAACAUGGGCGUUAUAUCGUCUCGUAAAAGUUUGGCUUUGUGCGAGCGGUUGUUGGUAUCAUCUUUCUGCCGGCGUAGGCUUGGCACUGUUUUGGUUCGGCUGAAGUUUGCAGAGCACUUGAAAGAAGCAGUGACAUAUAUCGAGCAGGGGCAUAUUCGUGUAGGGCCAGAUACUGUUACAGACCCUGCAUUCCUCGUCACGAGGAACAUGGAAGACUUCAUAACAUGGGUGGAUACAUCAAAGAUAAGGAGAAGAGUCUUGGAAUAUAAUGACAGGUUGGAUGACUAUGACGCCAUGAACUAAUCUCUGGCUAGCACAUUUUGGUGCCCUAUUUCGUCCUUGAACGAGAUUUCAUUGAGAAAUAUAUGUUCAUUUUUUAUUUAAUUAUUGUAUGUUCGUUUGUUUUCUUGGUUAUGCCUUUUGCUUUUGUGUUAAAUUAGACUACAUUACCAAUGACCAGUCUUCCUUUGGAAAUGUUUUGUCAAACCUUCUCUCAGAUUUGUUGUUGACCAUUUGUGUUGAGGAAGUUAGCCAUUGAAUUCUUUAAAUGAAGUCUGUUCACUUGAAAUAGUAGAAGUUUUGAUUGAGAGCAUAAGUUU